AUGCGCUACUCCCUCACUCUUCUUGCCUUUGCCGCCACGGCUCUGGCUCUUCCCACCCCACAACCUGCCGACGAUGGCAAGUGGGCUCCUGGGAAGUACGAGGGCGGCAAGACUGGCUACGACGACGGAAAGUGGUACCCCGGAAAGUACCCAGGCCGCAGUGAAGACGACACCGUCGAGGAAGCCACAAGAGCCGAUGACGGCAAAUGGGCCCCCGGAAAGUAUGAGGGUGGCAAGACUGGCUAUGAUGAUGGCAAGUGGUAUCCCGGAAAGUACCCAGGCCGAGAUGAGGCUGGCAGUAAUGAUGAGACCGAGGAGGUCAAGCGUGCCGAUGACGGGAAGUGGUACCCUGGAAAGUACGAGGGUGGCAAGACUGGCUACGAUGAUGGCAAGUGGUAUCCUGGAAAGUACCCUGGCCGCAGCGAGGAGAGUGUUGAUGAUGUGAAGAGGGAGGAAGAAACCGAUGAGGUCAAGAGAGCCGACGAUGGCAAGUGGUACCCCGGAAAGUAUGAGGGCGGCAAGACUGGCUUCGACGACGGAAAGUGGUAUCCCGGAAAGUAUCCCGGCCGCAGCGAGGAGGUCGAGGUCAACGCAUAA